UAUACAUUCACUCCGGGAAAUCCAUAAAGGAGUUAGGAGGGUAGUUUACCUGUUUGUGUAAAAAGGAAAAUAAAGUUAGUUUUUUUUUUUUUGCAUGGUGUACCAAGCAGGAAUGUGUUUAAGUGUGAUAGACGGUGUUCUCAGCUGAUAACGAAACAGGGGUCUUGCAGAGAUGGUGACCACAGAGAAUGUUCCCUGAGCCUUGUUGCUUUAAGAAAUCUCUGCAUGUAUGUUGGGGGUACACGGGGAAAGUAUUUUAAAGCAAGUAGAACUCCACUAGCAAGAUAAAUAGCAUCAGAAUUUGUUUGACAAGUGGAAACGUUGCUAUGAGAAUGUCUGACUGCACCAAGGCUAGUUUGGUAAUUAUUACUAAAUGCUCCAAAUGGCUGUGAUUUGCAUCAAUAUGAAGAAAAAGGAACAAAGCGGUCAUUUCUCAUGGCUUAAUGAUGUAACAGGAAGGGUCCUUGUGACAGUCACCUUAGCCUGCCAGUGUUCUACAACAAUGCUUUAUGUUAUGUAAUAUCAAGACAGACCAAAUAUUAUGGGAGACUCCAAGUCUAGGAGAGCCAGCACAGAUGCAGGCUCCAGGAAUGGCAAGGUAAUGGAAGAGGAAAGGGAUUUUCUAAGCUACAUGGAUGAAAAUGGGAUCAUCAACAUUAGUAAUGGGGUCCACAGUGGGAUGGAUGAAAAUGGCAUUAUUGGGAUGCAAGAGUCUAAAGAGGACUUCUACCUUCAGUUUGGUCCAGAGCUUGAACCAGAGAAUGAGAUGUCCAGGGCUGGAGUGUCAGGAGAGGUCAGCCUUCUUGACCAGGCUGAGCAUGCCCAAGACUCUUCAGGUGAAGACAGCUGUGACAUCAGUGACUUGGAGACCUCUGAGCCUACACAACACUUGGAUUUAGCAAGAGAAGAUGCCAGUAUAAGUCCUUCUUUGUAUGACACAGAGCACCAAGAAGAAGAUUUUAUGAUGCCUGAUGACGAUGAUGCACAUUUUAAUUGGUUGCCUAAGAGAGACAUACAGCUAGAUAUGACAGAGGAUGAAGGAGAACUGGACCUUGCCAUCAACUGUGAAACAAAAGAGCAACGCAGUGAGCAGGGCUACCAAGGUCUGCAUGUUGAGGAUGAACUUGACACUCGGAGAAGCUAUGAAAUGGGAUUAGAUACUUUUAGGGAUUCUCAGGCUCUCUAUGAUGAAUACACAAAAGCACUCAAUGUCACCACAGACUAUGGAGAAGACUUAUCAGCUCGUUCAGAAAGUCCCGUUCCACAUAAAACUUCAAUAAUUACCUUAAACCAGACAAGAUGGGAUUCUGGGAGUAUAACUGCAGCCUCCGGAAGUAACAGUCGACUUGGAGAUACUCUGCCCUUCCCAUCUGAUAGCAAUGAUCUGGAUACCAUGAAGGAGAACAAAGUACUGGAUUCAACAUUGGGCUCCACCAAGGUGAACUUAAGUCAGACAUUUCUCAGCCACUUGUCAAUGGAGGAUCUUCUUAAUGGACCAAAUAUUGAUGCAGAAACAUUUCCAGAAUCCUCUUGUAGUGAAAGUAUUGAAGAUCCUAGUGGAAACUUAGGCAGAUGUGUGAGCAGAGGUAGGGCUUCCAUACAAGGAAGCAGUGAAUCUAAUCCCAGCACUGAGAGACCUAUUAAAAAUGUGUUUAAUGUAUCUAACAUGGAAAAUCAGAAACCUUUAACUUUAGGACAGCCGAGUAAACCUUUUCAUGCUUCUAAAAAAACUGAAGAAAUCAAGAAAAAUGUAAUUCAGUCCUCUCCUUAUAAAAUAACUAGACAGUCAAGAUCUUUGAGUCCUAAAAGAGCCACUGGAGACAAAAAGAUGGUAAGGACAAAUUCCCCUAAGCCAGACUCUAAUAGAUCAUUGUUAACAGAAAUCACAAAGUAUGGACGUGGCCAACUUAAUUACCCUUUGCCUGAUCUAUCGAAAGUAGAACCAAGGGUUAAGUUUCCGAAGAAUGAUCAGGGUUAUAAACCUCCAAAGGGAAGAUCCUCGCCUAUGAGACUCAGCAGCAGUGGUCCUCCUCUGAUGUUUAAGUCACCAGCAGAAAUAGUAAGAGAUGUCCUACGGAGCAGCGAUGAAUAUUGUCCCCCAACACCCUCCCCUGUAAAAGCGAUGGUGCCAGAGGAAUUUAGAACACCGAAGCAGGCCACUGAACUGGUCCAUCAGUUGCAGGAGGAUUAUCACAAACUGCUGACCAAGUAUGCAGAAGCUGAGAACACAAUUGAUCGUUUGAGGUUAGAAGCAAAGGUGCAUCUUUACUCUGAUCCCCCUAACCCAAGCCAUAGUGUCCCAAUGGGAUCAGUAACUCAGGGUUCAAAGGUCAUGACCUUUACUAUUCCACUUCCUCAGAAAGCAGAUUUUGGACCAUCUCCUGAUGCAGCAAAGUCUUCUAAACAGGACACAGCUUCUGUUCCUACAGUAGAAAGUGGUCAAGGUUUCGAUAGCCAAGAAGAAAAAAAGUUACCUUCAGCUGAUACCACUGAUGGAAAUAUAGAGUCAGUCCCUGGAGAAAAGCUGACUCUUGCGCUUGCUAAACAGGCAGGAAAAUUCCGAGUUCAGGUGAAUUUUUUUGAAGAACUAAUGCAACUGGGACGAAUGACACCACAAGAGCAGCUAAAGGGGUUUCAACAACUUAAGGAAGCAUUAGAUACCCUGGAACGAGGAUACCUCCAGGCUCGCGAUGAGCACCGCAAGCUCCAACGUCAGAGUGGUAAUUUUCGCCUUGGAGAUUUUGAUCCUGACAGGAAAGUAGAAGGUGAUAUAUUUCGGCUCGGCAUGGCUUUGGAGGAUCUGAAGGACCGGAUUGACCAGACCACGCAGAUACAGCCCUCACCAAGUGCACCACCAGAGUCAGUACCACCCCGAAGUUUAGCCUUAACACCCGUGUCUGAACCAGUGACUCGACCACCAAGCCCAUCAACAUCCAACUUGGUGCCUGCAGUUCGUACCCCUUACCCAGAGAGUCCAAUGCUUGACACAGUCCGUGGGCAGGCAGCCCUAGAUGCUGAGGUUAGUUCAGCAAGUGGUGAGAGUGAGGCUGAGGACAAGCUUCCUGAAACAAUUCAUCACAAACGUCUCCAAGUGGAGGAUGACUACAAUGGUCUGUUAGAUAGGUAUAAUAAUUUUAAAACUUUGCCCAAUGUGAUGGUACUGGAACAGCUGAAAGAAGGAGCUAGCCCCAGGCAAGAAACUAAAAGUGCUUGGAGUGACACCGCAGAAAAAAAUCAACUAACCAGGUCUUUGAGACGUCCAUCUUUAAAGGAAGAACCACUUCGAUCAGUUCCUUUGCCUGAGCCAAUGGAAACAAAAGAUGUCCUCUUACGGGACACUAGAAAGACAUUUGUGGAACCCAAUGACACAUCAUCUCAAAGGCAGCAAAUUCAGCCGGAAAUACAAAAGCCGAGACUACAACAUGUUUCUGUAGAGUCCAAGCCCUUCCAACCGAAACUCCUGGGGGAUGCAUCUCGCAACAACAGUGUGAGCACUGUGGCUUCAGAACCAUCACAGAACAAACCAUUCAGAAGGGAAAAAUCUGUACCUCUAGAGGAGCGUAUUGUAUCACCAGAAACUGACAGUGGCUUUAUAGGUUCAGAGAGCAGUCGGUUUACUCCUGCAGCUCAAACACCAGAGCACCAACCUACUCCAUCCAGGUGCUCAAGCCUAGGUGAGAGGCUAGUAAAGAGUUCAAGACUCUCAGAAUUUCAGCCAUCCAUGAGGAAGAAUCCCCAGACAGUACAAUCAGAGGAGAAGCUGCUUAGCAUGCCUGGAUCAUCUGAACACAUCCCCUUGAGGGAGAGUACUCUGAGGCACAGGGAUCUACAGCGAGAGCUGUCUCAGCCCAGCUCACCACAACAGUGGUCGGGUAGUGUCAGUAGCGAGAUGGAGCAGAACACCUAUGGAACUUGCACAGAUUCUGAUAGAGAGGAACGAGGCAGAAGCAUGAGUCCCUUUGCACAUUCUAGUAAGCUGAGAAACAAGCGACGUGCCUCCUUCUCAUCUUUCCUGUCCCUUCAACGAAGUGUGAACCAGCAACAACCUGAUCCUCUGUUAAACCGCUCAGCAAGAGAUGAAGCGAUCCAUGCUUUGCAAUCAGAAGUGUCUCUUCUACGGCAAGAGCUGGAAAAGAGUCUACACAAGUCUCAGACCAAUAGAGGGGCCUUUUCUCCAGCCUCAUCAAGACUUAGGGCACAGACACCUGAACGUGCACGGUCCCCUGGCAAUGUCACAUUCUUAAGAAAAUCUGCUGAGGCUGCACGGGAAGAAUUUGAAGAACCUUCUCGACUGACAUCUUCAGUAGGACGUUCAAGAUCUGCACCUGUGCUGCAAGGGAGAACAGACCUUGAUGUCAGCAGUGAGUCAGAUAAUUCACAGUCUGAGCCAAAACUUCAUUCUACUAGAAAUAUGUUUGGGUCUUCGCCAAGAGGGAGUCGCUUAAGAGGACGCCAGAGACGGGAUGGCUCCAUGAAAUUUAGAGGACCAUAUACAGGUCUGUUUUUCUUUUUGACCCUUCUCUUCAUUUAUUUAUGGAUGAUUUAUAGUUCUUGCCACAAGAAUGCCAUGUAUGGCACAGCUGACCCAAAGCUGUCCAAUGUCUUGGGUGAUAGCCCUGCACAAGAACAGAAUGGCCCUUCCGUCAAGCACAGUACUCCUAAGAAGGGACAGUCAUUAUGUCCUUUGUGUUAUGGCUCUGGAAAGUACCUAACCCAUGUAGUAACAGGCAGUCCUUUUGGACAUGGUUCUGGCCAGAAAACCAGCGAUACCACAACAAGAAGUUCUGGUCCAAAUCAUAAAUCCCGGAAUCAUGAAACAGUGUAUGUCGCAGUGCCGCCUCCUCCUCCACAUCCUGCACCUGCAAUCAGCUGCAUCAAUCCAGUGCAAUAUGUGCCUUACGCUCCACCUGUCAUUUACUACUCUUCACCAGACAUCACCUCAGUGCCUUCUCCUGCAGAAUCCAGGUUUUAUUACUCAGCUGGGUACAAAGUGGUAGAGCUUCAGCCCCAAAUAACCAGUAAGCUCUCCAGGAAACAUUACCACCACCGUUCCUUGUCCUUGGAAAAUAUUGACCGCCUCAACUCCUCCUUGAGCCGUGCUAUUGAAGCAGCAAAAAGCAUGAAGCUAACUACAAAGAAAAUGGCAAGGUCACUCACAGCAGACCUCAAGACAGCAGAGAUCAUCAGGGAUUCUUGUACAUCAUGAAAAAUGAGCAUAAUUUCUAACGGGCAAUAUGUCUUUCUCUGUUUAAAAGCAGAUAAUUAUUUAUUAUGGAAAAGGUGCCUGAAAGUAUUUGUGAAAACACUUGAAUGUUCAAGAAAGUGUCCAUCAGAAUUUGCUCUGGUCCCUUUAAAAGAACAACAAACUCGACUAAGAAGGCAGCUAUGAUGAGGGUAAAAGGUUCAAUUUUUGCCCUCAACUUUGAUUAGAAAUGGAUCCUUGUGUGUCCUGAGAGGAAUGUAUGAGUAAUAUCUUCACACUUUGAAGUUACAGAACCAAAACAUUUUGUUAGUAUGGAUGCUUUCCUAGUAUUGAGCUACCACAUUUGUUUAUUUCUUGUCUGAGCUAUCACAGCAUGAUUUAAGACCGUACAACAUCGGAUUGUAAUUACUGGGAGUAUGCAAGGACUCACCGCUCCCAUACAAGACCCACAAACCAUUGUCUACUAUAUUUCUCAGGGAGUGAUGGCCCAUAAUAUGGAUUUUCUUUUUUUCUGUGUACAAGUAAUUAAUUUUAUAGACUGGGGAAUGGGAGUUAGAAUGGUUUUAAAGUACAGAUGCACUUUGCACAUCUCUUCAAAGAAUAUUAUGUUUUAUUUUAAGACGAAUGGUACUAUAAUUAUAUUGUGUGUUCCACUGAGAUGGCACUGAUAGUACCACAGAUGUUUACUGUAUCUCAUUCCUAGCCUCCUUUGUGUCUGAAGGAGCUUAGAGGUACAACCACACUUUGUAGCAUUCCCUUGAAGUGGUUGCGCUAUUUGCUUUGCAGACCUCCUUCUGAACUUGUACUACAAAUGCUUUUUAAUUUAUUUUUAUAGACAGUCUGUGUUAGAAACGGACUUGGAUCAGAAUAGCACAUGAAACUCAAAAUUCAGAUAUGAGCUUUCUGAAAAUGUCAGCUCCCUCACUUUUAAAUUUAUUUUUAUUUGCACUUAAUUGACUAGUUAAAGCUGAUCAAGUGUUGCCAUGCACAAAAGGGCUAGGAUGUCCUGUGAAAAUGCAUUCCAUUCACUGUAGUUGAGAUGCCCUACAAUGUAUGUAAACAAGCUUGGUUAACAUUUUUGUUCUGUUAAAUGGCAGCUACUGCGAAUUGUUUAAAAUAUUGUCAGAAAGUGGUUUUGCAUGAUUGGUUAUCCCAUGAAUAACAAUUAUUGCACAAAUGGA